AUGCGGUUAGCGGCCUUUGUGCUUCUGCCGGUGCUCGCACUCGCCGGUUCGACGUACAAUCAUAGGAAUACUUACGCUAGCCUACAAUGUCGAGUAAACGAUCCUCUAUCAUGCGAUCAAUCUAAAAGCGAGGUGUGCGUUUUCGUCAACGGCCAAUAUCGAUGCGAAUGUCCGGUUGGAGUUUCAAGGCUCUCCGAUGGAAGGUGUCUUCAGGUCAACGAGUGCGCGAGACCUUCCUUAAAUGGAUGCCAUAAGGAUGCGUCAUGUAUCGACCUGGCUGAAGGGUACACCUGCCGAUGUCAUGCCGGAUUCGCCGACGUCUCCCCUGAUAAGGUCAACAAGCCGGGACGAAUGUGUCAGAAAACGGCCAAUGAGUGUGGAAAUAAGCAAACCUAUGGCGUUGAUUGCGACGAGAAUGCCGCUUGCGUCGACACUCCAGAAGGAUUCCAAUGCGUCUGCCAGCCAGGAUUCGUCGACGUUUCCACGUCAAUCAGUAAACUUCCGGGAAGAAAGUGCGUUGAAGCUGUCAACGAAUGCGCCAACGGAAAAGCUGAUUGCUCGACUAAUGCGGAUUGUUUCGAUCGCGCCGACGGCUAUGAGUGCAAAUGUCGGCCAGGAUUUGUCGACGCUUCACCAAAUGUGGACAAGUAUCCAGGAAGAGUGUGCAAUAGACCAAAGUCUCCGGAAUACUACGGACACCAAAGCAGGCAGCCGCAAUGCUCGGGACCGGAGAGUUGCGGACCAAAUGAGGAGUGCCGAUUCAAUACUGCUGGCGAGAAGGUCUGCCAGUGCCGACGCGGAUCCGUUCAACAAUCGAAUGGAGUUUGCAAAGUGUUCUCCCAGUGCGAGCAGAGCAACGAAUGUGAUCGUAAUGCCUAUUGCUCGAACACUUAUGAUGGGGCAAAAUGCCAAUGCAAAUCUGGAUACAUCGACGUCUCCCCAGAUCCCGUCAGACUUCCGGGACGAAAGUGCCAACAAGUGAAGAACGAGUGCGCUGAUGGAUCACAUGACUGCUCGCCGAAUGCGAAUUGCGAGGACACUCCGACCGGCUACAUUUGCACAUGCAAAUCUGGAUGCAUUGAUGUCUCAUCGAGAUAUAAUCAGCCACCAGGAAGAAAGUGCAGCGAAGCCGCCAAUCAAUGUUCGGACAAGUCGCUCAACAGCUGCGAUGCCAACGCCGAUUGUGUCCAAUUGCCCGACGGCUACACUUGCAAAUGCUUCGCCGGAUACGCCGACGUCUCCUCGAAUGCCAACCUUCCACCAGGCAGAGUUUGCACACUAUCCACUGCUUGUCCAGCUCAGCCAACUGAUCUUGUGUUCCUAAUCGAUGGAUCAGGAUCUAUUGGAUCUUAUGUUUUCCAGACUGAAGUCCUUCGAUUCCUCGCUGAGUUCACUGAACUAUUCGACAUUGCUCCACAGAAAACUCGCGUCUCAGUUGUUCAGUAUUCUGACCAAAUUCGCCACGAGUUCGGUCUCGACAACUAUUCUGAUAGAAAAUUACUUCAGAAUGCUAUUCACAACAUCGAAUAUCUCACUGGUCUCACUCGCACUGGUGCCGCUAUUGAGCACGUCGCCAAUGAGGCAUUCAGCGAGAGGCGUGGAGCUCGUCCAGUUGGAGAAGUCAGUCGUGUCGCCAUCGUCAUCACCGACGGAAGAAGUCAAGACAAUGUCACGAGACCAGCCGACAAUGCUCGUCGCCAAGACAUUCAGCUGUUUGCUGUCGGAGUUACCAAUCACGCUUUGGAUGCUGAACUCGAAGAGAUCUCCGGAUCAAAGGAUCGCACUUUCCACGUUUCUGGAUUCGAAGACUUGAACACUCGCCUUCGAAGUGCUAUUCAGCGUGUCGCUUGUCCAAAUCAAGGAAACGAAGACACCUACAACAAAGGACCAUGUGAUCCAAGCAACCACAAUGGAUGCGACCGUUCGCUCAAUCAAGUUUGCAUGCUCAAGAACGGAAAAUUCGUGUGCUCGUGCCCGCCAGGAUUUGACAUUCAUCCGGUCACCAAAGUCUGCGGAGGCGACAUUUGCAAUCCGGAAAUCGCGACGUCGUGCCCUGAUCCAGAAAUUUGCGAGAAGACUCCAUUCGGAAAUUGGCGUUGCACAUGCCCAGCCGAUUUGGGUUGGAGAGACCGUCUGACUGGUGUUUGCAAAAUUGGCGAGAAGCCAGCCGAGCCAGCACACUCGACAGACGAAUGCCAUCCGAACGAUGUCAACAGUUGUCCGCCAAACGCGAAAUGCGAACGCGGAGCAGGCGGAGAAUUCAUUUGCAAAUGUGAUGAUGGAUUUGUGCGAAAUGGCCGAACGAAUAAGUGCGAAGCUCCGGGAACCUGCGAUCCACGCAUUCCGGAUUCUUGCGAUGCCCGAAAGAAGGAGAAGUGUCUUCCUGAUGGACGCGGAGCAUUCUCGUGCCAAUGCGAUCGUCACCACAAACGACAUCCCGUCACUGAAAUCUGUCUGAUUGACGAAUGCGCUGCUGGAAUUCAUGACUGCGAUCCGAACGCUCACUGUACUGAUACGGACGAGUCGUACCUCUGUGCUUGUAAUCAAGGAUUCCUUGACAAGUCGCCAGAACAAAACAAGAAGCCAGGAAGACUCUGCUCAAAACAGCGCAACGAGUGCCUUGACAAUUCUCACAACUGCUCAAUUAAUGCUGAUUGUAUUGAUCUACCUGACGGUUUCCUUUGCAGAUGUCGCGAAGACUUUGUUGACAUCUCGCCAAACCCGAACGCUUUUGGUGGAAUCGACUGUCGCGCUCUCGUCAACGAAUGCUUGAUCCCCGGAGGUCAUACUUGUCACGAGCACGCGAUUUGUAUCGACACCCGUGACUCGUACAAAUGCCAGUGCAAGGAAGGAUAUGUUGAUCACAACGAGCUCAGAAAUCCAGGAAGAGAUUGCCGCAAGAUGAACCAGAUUUGCGAGAGCGGAAAACAUGAUUGCGACAAGAACGCGAGAUGUGUUGAGAAGGGCGCCAACGACUACGAAUGCGUUUGCAAUGCUGGAUUCAUUGAUCGAAGUCCUUUGAUGCAUCGGCCUGGACGCAAGUGCGUUGAGCCGAUCUGCUCCGAUGACACCAAGCAUGAUUGUCACUCGGCUGCUAUCUGUGAGGAGGACGACUCAGUUGCCGAGAAAUACACGUGCAAAUGCCGUGACGGUUACAUCGAUGUUGGAAACGGCGGAAAGAAAGGAAGGGAAUGCAAGGAGCUUGUUAACGAAUGUCUCGACGCUUCUCUUAACUCGUGCGAUCCUGCGGCAACCUGCAUUGAUCUUGAUGAUGGAUACACUUGCAAGUGUCCACUUGGUUCGAAAGACGAGUCGCCAGAUGCAAAACUUCCUGGAAGGAGCUGCAAGGGACUCGUGAAUGAAUGCAACAUUCCACACUUGAACAAUUGCUCGAACUUUGCGACAUGCAUUGAUCUCGAGGAGGGCUACGAAUGCAAGUGCAAACCAGAGUAUUACGAUCAGGAUCCAUCGCAUCCAGGAACCAAAUGCAAAUUCAUUAUCAACGAAUGCCUUGUUGAAAACCUGAACGACUGCAGUGUCAACGCCGAAUGCAUUGAUAAGAUCGAUGGAUAUGAGUGCAAGUGCAAGGCACCAUUUAUGGAUGAAAUGCCGAGCAAUCCUGGACGAGUGUGCAGAUUUAACGAAUGCCUCAACAAGAAGGACAACGAUUGCGAUCAAAAUGCUAUUUGCACUGACACUGAGGAUUCUUACGUGUGCCAGUGCAAGGAAGGAUUCUUCGACGAGAUUUCUGAUCCAAAGAAACCUGGAAGAGUUUGCAUCGAAGUAGGUCUCGUCAUCGAACCACAAGUCCACGCCGAUGAUCAGACGACCGCCAAUCCGAACUUGGUUCCAUGCGGAAAUGGACACUGUCGAAUUGAUCUUGGCGAAGUUUGUGUUGGAGGAUCGACGUGUAUGUGUCGACCGGGAGAGAGCAGAAACGGAAAAGACGAGAAAUGUGUUCCAGUGACAUCUGUUCCAUUGGUUGUCCGGGUUUUGGAAUACGACAAUGAGCCAAUUCAAUACUCCACUGAUUACUCGAAACCAGAAAGCCCACGACAUGUCGAGAUUGUUGAAAAUGUCAAGAACGGAAUUGGAAAGGUUCUCGGGAAGACCGACUUUGCUCCACGAUACGUCACCACGGAUGUCAACUACGUUACCAAUCCAAAGGUGCAGAACAGCGAUUGGGAUAAGGGACUUCUCGUCAACUCAACGGCGCGACUUGCCGGAAACCAGGAGAUCGACAAAUGCCGAUUGUAUGAAGAAUUCGCCGAUGUCGUCAAGAGCAUGGGAGGACGUGUUGAACGCAUCAAAUUGUCUGAUGAUGCUGAACUCGACCCAUGCCGAAAGGAGGAGGAGCAAAAGGGAAUCCCAUGCGGCGACACAUUCUGCUCUAUUGAACUUGGAGAGGAGUGCAUUGCUGGCAAGAUCUGCGGAUGUCCGAAGGGACAGAAGAGAAAGGAUGCGACUAGCCCAUGCCGAUCUGUCGAGUCUUGGAAUCUGCCGUUGUACGUUGUGAGAGAUGGACAUGACAAGAUCACUUACUCUCCAAAUCUCGCUAAUCCUUUGAACGAUCAUUAUAAGGAUCUGGUUUCGAGAUUCGAGUCCGGAGUUGCUCAGAGUUACGAUAAGACUCCAUUAAACAAAGGAUUUGUGACCGCUGAAGUCAAUGAAAUCGAAAAUCCCGAAAAUAGAAAGAAGUCCUGGGAUACUGGAAUUCUCUACAACUUCACUUCCCACUUUGUUCGUGGAAGUGUUGCCGAACCAUCGACAGUAUUCACUGAUCUUAUCGAUUACAUCCAGAAGCACAACAACUUCGAAGUUGGAAAAUCCAAGCUGUUCAUAUCACCAGAGCAGCUCAAUCCAUUCUCGAACUGCUAUCACUCGGAUUGUCAUCCAGAUGCGAUUUGCAAAGAAGUCGGAAAAGGAUACACGUGCUCUUGCCCAGACGGAUUCCGUGAUUUGAAUCCAUCCCGUCCAGGACGUAACUGUCUCUCUUACCGAGGGGUUAACGAAUGCGAGAAGCCCGAACUCAACGAAUGCUCGCCACAUGCGAGAUGCAUCGACUUAGACUAUUUGUAUAAAUGCGAAUGCAUCAAACCAUACGUGAACUCCGCUCGUGGAGAGGAGCUGCCAGGAUCAGUGUGCUCGAUCGACUACUGCUCUGAUGUCAACUAUUGCCCACUCAACACAACAUGUGUCAACGUCGACGAGCAAGCUCGGUGCGACUGCAAACCAGGAUUUGAGGAUCUUCGCAAAUCGGAUCACCUGUCGGAGGCUGGUCUCGGCGAGGCGAUCUGCAUGAGACUCACUGAUGUCGACGAAUGCGCUCUUGGACUUCACAACUGCAGUGCCGCUGCGAUUUGCAUUGACAAGAAGAUCGGUUACGAAUGCAGAUGUCAAGACGGAUACGAUGAUGGAAACGUCGAAAUGCCGGGACGAAUUUGCGCCGCUUCUCUUUGCGGUCUAUGCAACGGACAUGGAGACUGCAUCCAUGACUCGCUUUCGUCGAAUGUUACCUGCGCCUGUCUUGACGGAUACACCGGACAAUUCUGCGAGACGGCCCCAUCGAACGCGGGACUCAUUCUCAUGACAAUUCUUGCGCUUCUCUUCCUCCUUCUCACACUCCUCUGCUGCCUCUACAUGUGCGCUAGAUGCCGCUGCUUCGGAGCCCGGGGACACAGUGAAGGAUCAGCUAGUGGUCAGGAAAUAUUAGGUUCAGAUUAUAUACCAAUUCCAAGAGCCAAGCUCGCUAGAUCGUUGUAUGCGGAGCCAAUGGCUGACGACAACGCAGGCGCCCUCGCUGGUUACCUUGACGACGGAAUCUCAAUGUCAUCCGACGGAUCGCUCGAGGAGAUCGAAAGACGUGUGACAACUGACGUCACCACUCGCGAAGUUCGCACCACCGUCGUGCGUGAUGAGGAAGGCAACAUCAUCAGCCAAAGUCAGACGGUGUCGCAUGGACCGGCUGAAACCGAGACCGAGCAAUACGGAAUGGUUUCUUCGGACCAUUACAAGGCAUCGGCCUCUCAGGCAAUGGAUGCAGCAAUGGCCGCCGGAAAUAGUGGGCAUUCAAGUGUCCACCAUCAAUCACACUCGAGAUUCGAGAAUGCGGGUUAUGAUUCGGACUCAUCCGGAGACACAGACGCAGGACACGCCGUGUACGACAGAACGACACGAACGAACACAUCCCACGACUUCGAGCCGGGAACCGACCCACGGACUGGUGUCGAGCGAUCGAGACGCGAGUUCGUCACACAGACCAAAGCCGAAGAAGUCAACUAUUUCUAA